AUGAAAUAUUUUAAGUUCGGUAACAAUCUUCUCCAUUUGAAUGUGGUCGCUGUUGUUCUCUUGGUAAUUUCUUCUACAGUAAUUAUUUUUCUGGAAAGCCAUAGCAAAAUGCCGAUAGAGCUGAACGUGUUCAUGCGAAAAAACAGGAACUAUUACCUGAAGAAGAACGCAAAGGAAAUAAAGAACGAGCUUUAUAGCAAGGGAAAGAUAAGAAUCAAAUUGGCAGAGACAGAAAAAAAGUACAACUUAGACUUCUACAAAGACAGGGAUGUGAACGGAACGAUAUAUUUGAUAAAGAGUGGAAACGAUAUAGUAAUGGUCUGCACAGCGGUGGACUACAUGCAAUCGAUAGACAGCGGGCGGUUGUUAGACUAUUAUAUGAAGAGCUCAGGCUAUCUUAAUGUGAGAAUCGAAAGGGCAUCCCUGUGCAGGCGAAUGAACGAUCUCAUGAAUGAUAUACUUCAGGACAGACAUGAGGGUGAUAUACCGACGAGUGGCAUGGUUAUUCAUGACGAAAAGCUAGGACUCGCAUUAUUUUUUUGUGUUAAUUCGUGGACAGUAAAGGUGAGCUCACAAGAAAGCCUGCAUCAAAGCCUUCUUUUUAAUGAGACGGCCGGAUAAUCCUAAAUAAGCGUGUAGGGUGUAUUGGUGUUAAAUAAAAAUUGACGAUGAAUAUUAGAA